GUCAGCAUGACUAGCAGCGAAAUAUCUUCCCAGGCCAGAUCUAGCAAUAUUCAACACAAAACUGAAGAAAAACUUUGUGACAGCUCAGAGCGCUCAUGUCUGGGGCUGAUGACAGAUUUCAUAAAAAAGGGAGAAGAACAGGUUAUGGAUAAUAGUGCAGCAGAUAACGGCUUGAAAGAGGUUCUGACAGAUGUGGCACUGGCUCCAGCCCAAUCCCUUUGGACCACAGAUGCAAGUGGAGCAGUGCUACUGCGCAUAGAUGAACUCUGUCCACAGAAACCUAUCACAGUACAUCAAAUGUUCAUGAACUCAGUUCAGAAAUAUGGCAAUUUGUAUGCUCUUGCAACCAAAAGAAAUGACAAAUGGGAGAAGAUAACAUUCUCUGAAUACUACCAUUACUGUCGGAUGGCUGCUAAGAGUUUUUUAAAGAUUGGGCUGGAGCGUUUUCACAGCGUUGCCAUUUUGGGAUUUAAUUCUGCUGAGUGGUUCUUUUCUGCUGUAGGAGCAGUCUUUGCAGGGGGAAUAACGACAGGGGUUUAUGCUACAAACUCACCAGAAGCCUGUCUUUAUGUGGCUCAUGACUCAAGAGCAAAUAUCAUUGUAGUGGAAAAUCAAAAGCAACUGGAUAAAAUUUUGGAGAUAAAACAUAAAUUGCCCUAUUUGAAAGCCAUCGUACAGUAUUCAGGAUCUGUGCAGAAGGAAUUGCCCGGUCUCUAUUCAUGGGAGGAAUUUAUGACAUUGGGUCAGGACAUUUCUGACAAAACCCUUGAUGACAUCAUCAGCAGUCAGAAUGCCAACCAAUGCUGUGUGCUUAUCUACACAUCUGGAACCACAGGAAUGCCUAAAGGAGUGAUGCUCAGCCAUGACAAUAUCACAUGGACAGCUCAACAUGCAAGCAGGGCUGGAGACAUGCAACCAGCUGAAAUAAAACAAGAGUCUAUAGUGAGCUAUCUGCCUCUCAGCCAUAUUGCUGCUCAGAUCUAUGAUCUCUGGACAGGAAUUCAGUGGGGAGAGCUGGUAUCUUUUGCUCAGCCUGAUGCUUUGAAGGGGACCUUGAUAGGCACUCUAAAAGAGGUCACCCCCUCAUCCCAUAUGGGAGUCCCUCGUGUUUGGGAAAAAAUAAUGGGAAAAUUAAAGGAGGAGCUGUCACACUGUGCAUACAUAAAAAAGAAACUGCUGACAUAUGCUAUGUCUAUUUGCUUGGAGGCUAAUCAAAAGUCAACGAAUGAUGAAGAGAAGUCAUUUCUGUUCACCUUAGCAAAUUCUCUGGUCCUGGAGAAAGUUCGUACUGAGCUGGGCUUUUCUUGUUGUGAAAAGUACUUCUCUGGUUCAGCUCCGAUAGGAAGUGAUACAACCGAGUUUUUUCUUGGCCUCAACAUUCGGUUGUAUGAGGCCUAUGGCUUGAGUGAAAGCAGCGGGCCUCACUUUAUGUCUGGCCCAAAGACUUACAAACGUACAAGUUGUGGUAAGGUGGUUCCUGGCUGCAGAUAUAAACUUGUAAAUGUAGGUGCUGAUGGCACUGGCGAAGUGUGCUUUUGGGGUCGAAAUGUCUUCAUGGGGUAUCUCAACUUAAAGGAUAAGACACUGGAAGCUUUGGAUGAGUAUGGCUGGCUACGUUCUGGAGACUUGGGCAAAGCAGAUGAGGAUGAUUUUCUUUACAUAACAGGAAGAAUAAAAGAGUUGAUAAUUACUGCUGGUGGAGAGAAUGUACCUCCAGUUCCCAUAGAGGAUGCUGUGAAAAAAGAGCUGCCUAUAAUCAGCAAUGCCAUGCUGAUAGGGGACAAAAGGAAGUUUCUGGCCAUACUUCUCACACUUACGUGUGUUACAAAUGCUGAAACCAUGGAGCCCACUGAUGACCUUAGCCCAGACGCUGUGGAAUACUGUAAACAGCUUGGCAGUCAAGCAACAAAAGUUUCCGAUGUAACUGGAGGCAAAGAUAAAGUGCUAAACCAGGCCAUUGAGGAGGGAAUUGCUCAGGUUAAUGCCAAUGCCACCUCAAAUGCCCAGCGCAUUCAGAAAUGGACAAUCAUUGCAAAAGACUUUUCAGUCACCGGAGGAGAACUCGGCCCAACAAUGAAACUGUGCAGACCGUUUGUCCUUAAGAAGUACCAUGAUGAAAUAGAACAGUUCUACAAAGAAUGAAAAUACAACCACAGUUUACCAUGAGGUACGAGACCUACAACACGCCUGAACAGAAUGAAUAAAUGAUUACUAUUGCAACAAUUACUACUACUACGAGCAUAGCACUGUAGUUUGGCACUAUUACUCAUUUAACACAAACACACACAAUUAAACUCAUCUGGUAAUUAUUAAUUAUCUCAUUAAUAUUUUAACCUAAUGUGUUAAAAAAUGGAAACUUUUGUCAGACAUUUUUUAUCUAGACACAUCUGAUGUUUGUAAUAAGAUUAAUUAAA